AUGCAGGUCAACAAUAGAGAUAUCCCCUCGACCCUCCCAAUCCAGGGCCCCAGCAAAAAUAAUCGGCAGCAACUGGCACCAUUUAUUCGCCCAGCUCAAAUGGCCAUGUUUGCACGGAUUACAUCAUAUCCUCCGCUAGGACAAAUUACUUGCCUCCAGCCGGCCCAGAAGGCAUUACGGUCUGAAGAAGAUGCGGUGCGUUUCACAGUUACUAUUGAGUCCAGCAGCUCGUUUCCCGCACAAUCAUGGGAAGCGCAGAUCUGGCACAACAUCACUGGCCUCGAAUGGGAAUCUCUGCCAUUGCAGAGAUGCAACCCAGAUCAUGCAGUUCUUUUGACCAGAAAUGAGAGCGAGUACCAUUACCAUCGCUAUGUAUUCUCAGAAGAAAUAUCCCUGCCACCCGCAGGAGGUCAUGCACGGUUCACCGUCCGAUUUCGAACCGGGUCAGACACGGAAUGGCAGUGGGCUAAUGAAAGACACCAUGUGGGAGACGGUGAAAUUGUAUAUAGUGCACGCCAUUCUGAUCUCAACAGGGCUGUGUCUAUGCAAGUCCCUACACGAGAUCCCAAAGAACAACUGGAGAAGUACAUCGCCAAUCUUCAUGAUGACUUGCAAAUCGAGUCACGGCUUAGUGAAGCUCCUGGGUCGGUCCUGUGGGCCCUUUCUGGUGAUAUAGAUGCAGUUCAAAAUGGAUCUUCAACCGUCAAACGACUCACACUUGGCACCCCUUCAACGGUGGUGAGGUAUUUAUCACUGGUACGUGUUUGGAGCCCAUGGCUGGGUCCUAGACAUGGAAAAGACACCUUUAGACUUACUGAAGAUGCUAUACUUUGCUCUUUUCUGCGUGAAGACGGCGUGAAUCUUGUUCUCCUGGCUGUUUCAGGAGUCAACGAUGUUUUGACUGUGUUUCAGUCAGGCGAGAACAAUGAGGUUGUAAUCUCCGCAAAGAGUGACAAUUCGGAAGCUUCAAAGUUCCAUGUGCUUGUCAGCGCCGCAGAGAAUUUUGAAGUUGCCGUGUCUGCAGUAGUUUAUGAGGCACGGAAAGUGGUCAGACCAUUUUCCAAUACGAGUGAUCCGGAUUUGGAAGAUUCGGUCCCAUUAUCUCCCCCUGGUGAUGAUAUGAUCCUUGUCGAGCACGACCCAAGUGCACAGUGGAUGUCUGAGUGGUUUGACGGUCUCACAUAUUGUACAUGGAAUGGACUGGGACAGGACCUCACCGAAGAGAGGAUCUUGCAUGCAUUGGAUUCAUUAAAGGCAAAUGGGAUCAACAUCACCAAUCUUAUUAUUGAUGAUGGUUGGCAGGCAAAUGACAAUGAAGGGGAGUCCCAGUUCAAGCAAGGCUGGAAGCAUUUCGAGGCACACUCAAAAGGGUUUCCUAAAGGACUAAAACAUACCGUGGGAGCCAUUCGCCGAGCACACCCCAAUGUUGAACAUAUUGCGGUCUGGCAUGCUUUGCUGGGUUACUGGGGAGGUAUAUCACCGAACGGGGAUAUUGCUGAAAGAUUCAAAACAAAGCAAGUGAAGAUCAAAGAUCCUGCCGCCAAUGGGCCCAUUGCAGAGAACUUGCCAGAUGGAACAAUUCUUGCCAUACAUCCCGAUGAUAUCAAGCGAUUCUACGAUGAGUUCUAUAGCUACCUUACAUCUGUCGGUAUAGACUCAGUCAAGACAGAUGCACAAUUCUUCCUCGAUCUUCUUGAAGACGCAGAGGACCGCCAGCUAUUCAUGACUUCUUAUCAAGAUGCAUGGUCUAUCGCAUCACUGAAGCACUUCAACACUAGAUCAAUUUCUUGCGGAUCAAUGACACCCCAAAUAAUCUUCCAUUCACAAAUGCCCACCAAUAAACCGGCACUUCCACUGCGAAACUCUGACGACUUCUUUCCUGAUAUUGUUGCCUCUCACCCGUGGCAUGUAUUCUGCAAUGCUCAUAACGCACUAUUUACUCGCUAUUUGAACGUAUUACCAGAUUGGGAUAUGUUCCAGACAAGUCACGCAUACGCAUCAUUCCACGCCGCAGCACGAUGUGUUUCAGGAGGACCAAUAUAUAUCACCGAUGAGCCGGGCAAACAUGACUUGACCUUGCUCGAUCAGAUGACUGCACCUACCGUUAAAGGAACCACAGUAAUCUUGCGUCCGAGUGUCAUCGGACGCACGAUAGACAUAUACCAUGACUAUAACGAAGGCCGUGUCCUGCGUGUUGGAAGCUACACCGGCUGGGCCAAGACCGGAAGCGGAAUCAUGGGCCUUUUCAAUAUUCAAUCUGCCGAGGCCUCGAUCAUAGUCUCAUUGAUGGACUUCCCAGGAAUUCACGAGGACUCCGAAGGCCAUUAUAUCGUGCGUGCACACAGUAGCGGUAAGAUUUCACCUCGCAUGCGGCCAUUAACCAAGCACUCCCUGGUAUCAGUUGUUCUGGAGCAAAAGGGCUGGGAGAUUCUCACUGCGUACCCCACUCGGUCGUUCUCGUUGACGGGAAAGCAUUGCAGCCACUCCACCGGUGGCUGUUUGACACAUGUGGCUGUGCUGGGACUUUUAGGAAAGAUGACUGGCGCAGCGGCUGUAGUGACUUCGGAUGUAUCUGUUGUUGAGAACGGCCGUUUACGACUCGAUAUUAGCUUGAAGGCGCUGGGGACUUUGGGGAUUUAUUUCUCGGAUCUUCAAGACAAAAGUAUUGAACAGAAUUUCAUGGUUAUGAUUCUGGGACGUCCAAUCCCACGAAAUACAGUCUGGAAGCAGGAUGGAGAGAAUGGUAAUGUGCUGGCAAUUGAUGUAUUGGCGGCAUGGGAAUCCAUGAAGUUGGACAGUGGAUGGAGUAACGAGGCGUUUGUACAGGUUUUUGUGGGUUGA